CCUCCUCCCCCACAGGGAGGAGGGAAAGGGAGACUUAGCACCAACAGGGACUACAGGUCCCACAAUACCGCGAGAAUCGGGUCCAGUGAGGGGACAUGAUAUCAUCUUGGGGUGUGGAGAGGUUAGAAGAGUAGGCGAUGGGGAUAAAUCGUAGCCGACCGAGGGAGGAGUUUUGAGAGGAAGGGGAGGAAAAGGAAGAAGGAUGACCACAAUUCCCAUCCUUAAGCCUGGGGUGUACCACAACUCCCAUGAUGCUCUGGGAGCGUAGGGGGCGGGCUGAGGGAGUGGAAGUGCGGGAAAAGACUCAAUAUUCCGUCAUGCUUUAGGACGUUUGGCUAAAGUGGUUUGACCGGAAGUCCCUCUCUGGGAGUGAGGGAGUGCAGAGAUAUUCUUAUAACUGCGAAGAUUUCAAUAUGAAGCUGUACUGUUUAUCAGGACACCCAACUUUACCAUGCAAUGUACUCAAAUUCAAGUCUACUACCAUCAUGUUAGAUUGUGGCCUGGAUAUGACUUCAACACUCAAUUUUCUUCCCUUACCAUUGGUUCAGAGUCCAAGGCUAUCUAAUCUUCCUGGUUGGACUUUAAAGGAUGGAAAUACCUUUUUGGACAAGGAACUAAAGGAAUGCUCAGGUCAUGUAUUUGUGGAUUCUGUGCCUGAGUUCUGUUUACCAGAGACUGAGCUAAUAGAUCUGUCUACAGUAGAUGUGAUCCUCAUUUCAAACUAUCACUGCAUGAUGGCGUUACCUUACAUCACUGAACACACCGGUUUUACUGGGACAGUGUAUGCUACAGAACCUACUGUGCAAAUUGGCAGGCUUCUUAUGGAAGAAUUGGUGAAUUUCAUUGAACGGGUGCCAAAGGCUCAGUCUGCCUCCUUGUGGAAGAAUAAAGAAGUGCAGAGACUGCUGCCUGCUCCUCUCAAGGAUGCAGUGGAAGUUUCAACAUGGAGACGGUGCUACACAAUGCAAGAAGUGAACUCUGCUCUCAGUAAAAUCCAGCUUGUGGGCUAUUCUCAGAAAAUUGAGCUUUUCGGUGCAGUACAAGUGACUCCCCUAAGCUCUGGCUAUGCGCUUGGAAGUUCCAACUGGAUUAUUCAAUCCCAUUAUGAAAAGGUGUCCUAUGUUUCUGGCUCCUCCUUGCUUACUACACACCCCCAGCCCAUGGACCAAGCCUCUCUCAAAAACAGUGAUGUCCUCAUUUUGACAGGACUUACUCAGAUUCCAACAGCGAAUCCUGAUGGCAUGGUAGGAGAAUUUUGCAGCAAUUUGGCUCUGACAGUUCGAAAUGGUGGUAAUGUAUUGGUCCCCUGCUAUCCAUCUGGAGUGAUCUAUGACCUCUUGGAAUGCCUUUAUCAGUACAUUGAUUCAGCUGGCCUCUCUAACAUCCCCUUCUACUUCAUCUCUCCUGUUGCCAACAGCUCACUUGAAUUUGCCCAGAUUUUUGCUGAAUGGCUUUGUCACAACAAACAGACCAAGGUGUAUCUCCCAGAACCACCUUUUCCUCAUGCAGAGCUCAUUCAGACCAACAAACUGAAGCACUAUCCCAGCAUCCAUGGAGACUUCAGCAAUGAUUUUAAACAGCCAUGUGUAGUUUUCACUGGUCAUCCGUCCCUUCGAUUUGGAGAUGUUGUACAUUUCAUGGAACUUUGGGGAAAAUCUAGUCUUAAUACUGUUAUAUUCACAGAACCUGACUUCUCAUACCUAGACGCCCUGGCUCCUUACCAACCUUUGGCCAUGAAAUGUAUCUACUGUCCUAUCGAUACAAGGCUCAAUUUCAUUCAGGUGUCAAAGCUGCUCAAGGAAGUACAGAUGAGGAAACUGAGGCCAGAGAGGAGAAGGGACUCGCCCAAGGUCACACAGCCUCUCCAUGUGGUAUGUCCUGAGCAAUAUACCCAGCCUCCCCCUGCCCAGUCACAUCGUAUGGACCUGAUGAUUGAUUGCCAACCCCCUGCAAUGUCUUAUCGCCGUGCAGAGGUGCUUGCCUUGCCCUUUAAACGCCGCUAUGAGAAGAUUGAAAUCAUGCCUGAGCUUGCAGAUUCACUGGUGCCCCUGGAGAUUAAGCCUGGCAUUUCCUUAGCAACUGUUUCUGCUGUACUGCACACUAAAGAUAACAAGCAUGUUCUUCAGGCUCCUCCUAGGCCCAGCCAGCCCCCAGCCAGCAAGAAGAGGAAGAGAGUGAGUGAUGACAUCCCAGACUGUAAGCUUCUGAAGCCCCUCCUAAGUGGCUCCAUCCCUGUGGAUCAAUUUGUUCAGACUUUGGAGAAGCAUGGCUUCAGUGAUGUGAAAGUGGAGGACACAGCUAAAGGACACAUCGUCCUCCUACAGGAAGCUGAAACCCUUAUCCAGAUCGAAGAAGAUUCAACUCAUAUCAUCUGUGACAACGAUGAGAUGCUCAGGGUUCGGCUUAGAGACCUAGUGCUCAAAUUCCUUCAGAAAUUUUAAAUUAAGGAGGUUGAACUAGGUUACCUUGAAAGUCACUCCCAGCUCUAGGACUCUGAAAACUCAGAUUAUUUCUGCCUCGGUGAGUCAGCAGGAUGGUUUUCAACAUGGGGAGAGUUGGGAAAACAAGUGGUGGUCAGUCAUGGGAAAUCCCUGAUCUCAUGCCACUUUAUUUAUGCCACAUAGCUCAAAAAUUACUGGAGAGUUUUCACGUUGACAUUCUCCUCAGUUUUUAAGAUGGUCCCCUUUUAUUCUCAGAUCUGGACUUGGCUUGAGUACUGAGGGAAAUGGGUGUUCACAAGAGAAAGACUGGAUUUAAUGUAUAGAAAUACAUUUCCCUGGAUUUCCACCACUGGCUCAAGGAGCUACCUCUUCAUAAAUUCUAGACUUUUCUUCCCAGUUUGGGUCUCUUAAGUAACCCAGGAUAAGGCAGCAACUUCUUCAUUGGGUAUAGUGACCAGUACUAAAGGCGAUUCUUAAAGACUUCACUGGUUUAGUGGAAAAAUAAGGUAUCUAAACAGACCUUUAUUUUCAAGGUUUUACUUGGCUGAGAAAGGGGAACUACCUUGUUUGACAUUAUUUGUUUGCUUCCUUUAUUGCCUUCCCCAGAGAACUGAAUCACAGGAUGGCUUUUCACAGAAAAGAACAAAAUAAACCACAUCAAUCUUUAUCUUAUUUUUAAGAAAACUUUCUUUCAUAAUAAAAUGUAGUUAUUUUUUCCAAACUA